AUGGCAGAGGGGGCGAAGGUGGCGAGAAUCGUCCGUCGCCGCAGGGCCGAAGGCGACGACGACGACGACGAGAACGAACGGGUGCCGCAGGUGGAGGUUGAGCAACAAAAGAAGAAGACGUCCCGUCCAAAGGCGCCAAAGGCAAUGGAAGCUGCGCCGGACGCAACGCUUGCAACGCACUCGGACCCCGUGACGAUGGGCGCCGGCGCAUCUUCUUCCCUCCCCCCACCCUCCGCAUCCACGGCAACGGUGGCGCCCACAGCAAUGACGAUGGGAGAUCGCCUGGAUGCACCGCAGGUCGCUGGGAGUGUGGAAGAUGUCUUUGAGAUUGCAUAUGACAACUACACCUCCAAUGAUUUGUAUGCGUUACUAAAGCGCAUUACGCGUCAGGAAGUGGAAAGGCGCAUGAUUGAACAUGAGCAACUGCGUCAGAAACAACAGCGGGUUCCUCAAGUGGAGCGUUUCCUAGAUGCCACCUCCAAAACAGGUAGCAGUGGCAGCAGCGGCGGCGGUGGCAAUAAGGCUACAGAAGAGGGCUGUGGGUAUAACUACAGUGUCAUGUUGCGGCGUCUCUUCUUUGCGCUUAACCGCAACAAGGAGAGCAGUGCUAUGACAGAACGUAACCGACUUCCUGAGCCAAAGCUGGAGAAAAUUGGAAAGAAAAAAGUUAUUAUUACCAAUUUUGGUCGUAUUUGUCAGGCCUUUAAUCGUCCCAUUCAAGAUGUAAAGGAUUAUAUUGAAAAGGAACUUUCUGUAGGAGGAAACCUUGACAGCAAUGAUGCGCUUAUUCUUAAGUACGAGAUUCAGAAAUCUACUGCGUUUGAUAAUAUUUUAUACAAAUAUUUGGACGAGUUUGUAAAGUGUAACUCGUGUCAUAAGAUUGACACGACACUCACAAAGGAGGGAAGACGCAUGGAACUCCGAUGCAAUUGGUGUACGGCUACACGUACUGUGCAAGCCGUUGGUUCCGCCACGUACAGUGCACAGGUAGGCAAACGUUCAAAGGCAAGGUUGCAGGCGAUGACUCUUUAA